AUGGCGGACUCUCCUAUAGUACAGUCAACUGUCUCCGUCGUCUCGGGUCAGCUCUGUUUCGGGUCCCUGCACAACAUUUGGUUCGGCUCCUCUGCUCCCUCUCAAGGCCUCCCGAUUGCUCCGCCGCAACCAAGUGGCACAGUUCAAACUCACAGCAUCAACUACAACGUUACCGCACAAAACGGGAUAUGGAAUGUCUUCAAACUUGUUGCUUCCGAGACAAGUGAUGUAGCAGCAUGGUUCGUGGCUCACGAGGAUAUCGAUCCCAGGCAGGAAGUCGAUAAGAUUCUUCGCAUAUCUGGCUCACCUUAUGAACCAGAUCAUGGAAGUACGGUGAACAACGACGCUACUUCUCAGGCUGGAGUUUUCGUGGUCAAUCGCUAUGACUGGAGCUACUACGACAAACGUUGCUUUGAUGAGAUUGGUGAAGGCCAGGAAGAAGGCGAUGAUGAUGUGCUGGCAAACUCCAACUCUCUUGGGAUCGUUGAUCGCUCCGUUGCGCAAGAAAUGGUCCAGCGAUGGCAGGGCCAACGACCAAGCCGACGAGGCAGUGCAGAGCAUGGAAUCUGGUUGUAUAUACCCCACGGAGAAUAUAUGUUUGGCCGCUUUGGAUUCAAUGGCUCGCGCACCGCUGUAAGAUCAUUUCUGUUCUUCUCCGCAUGCACAGAGUUCACAAGGACAAGUUUCUCGGGUAUUUCGGGAACACUGCGAGAGCAUUUGACGCCCCUGGAGAGGUUACAGCGUUAA